AUGAAUCAUUUCGGAUAUCUUUUGCUGAACAUGAAAGCAAACAGUCUCGAGGCCCCCAAUUCCGUGAUGGUGGUUGGAACAGAGACCGGGACAGGGACCCCCUGUCGCCGUUUUCAUUCGGGAGGCGGGGAACCGCCCGCUUUUGAUCCCGCUGCUGCAAGAAGCCGCUGGACCCAUGUCAUCGUCUUGACACCAUUCAAGUCGACAAACGCCCGGAGCCCCACGAUUGCACGACAACAUCAGUCUUACCAAACCAGCGUUGAAUCGAACACGCCCAAUCUCGUCCGCGAGUUUGACCCCGUGAUUCAAACAAAUACUUCCCAGUACCACCCCGCCAAAACCUCCCAGCUAGCAGGCUUUAAGCACACAACACCAUACCACAAUCACCACAUCAUCAACACCAUGUCCAGCGUCUCUUCAGCAGCGGCCGCCUCCCUCCUCAAGCGACAGCUCAAACAAAUGCAAACCGACAAAGACAUUCCAGGCAUUUCAUGCGGCCUCGUCUCGGACAAUAAUAUCUUCGAGUGGGAAGUCAUGCUGAUGAUUAGCGACGAGUGUAAAUACUACGGCGGAGGCAACUUCCGCGCCAUCCUCACCUUCCCCCCAACCUAUCCCUUGAUGCCCCCCAAGCUCGUCUUCCAGUCACCCAUCCCGUUCCACCCAAACAUCUAUCCCGACGGGAGAUUGUGUAUUUCGAUCUUGCACCCCCCAGAAGAGGACAUUUCGGGGUAUGAAAAGGCUAGCGAGAGGUGGAGUCCGGUGCAGAGCCCCGAGUCGAUAUUGCUCAGUGUGAUUAGCUUGUUUGAGGAUCCGAAUGACGAGAGUCCGGCGAAUUUGGACGCGGCGGUGUUGUUGAGGGAGGAGAGGGAGGGAAAGAGUAGGGAGUUUAGGAAAAGGGUCAGGCAGUGUGUUAGGGAGAGUUUGGGAGAGGAUUAA